AUGGUUUUAUCAAGGGGAGAAACAAAGAAAAAUAGCGUGAGAUUAACGGCAAAACAAGAAAAGAAACCUCAAUCUACGUUUCAAACUUUAAAACAGUCACUUAAACUUAGCAACAAUAAAAAGUUGAAACAGGAUUCGACCCAACACUCAAACGAUACAAAUAAAUCUGUUAAAGCCAAAAAAAAUGGCACGUCCUCGAAGAAAACCGGAACACAAAGGAAAAGAAUAUCAACUCAGAGAUUUUCAUUGUUUACCUAUGGCAAUGUUCAGGUUAUGAAUUCAUUCGUUCCCAUUCAUAAUGAUAUUCCGAAUAGCAGUUGCAUUCGUAGAAAUUCCCAAGUAUCCGCAAAUAAUGUCACUGAAAGUAGUGGAGUAUUCUUCAAUGAUACGCAAAGUCAAGACAGUCAAAACACUAUUAAGUUAAAACCUACAUCUUUAAUGGCAAAAGGACCUAUUGAAAUAUAUCAGAUAUGUACAGGGUUUGAUAAGUUAAAGGAAAAUAUAGCGCCCUUUCAAAAAUCUAGUAAAGCUAGUAGUCAUGAUGGGCAUGUAGUAAACUAUUUAUCGAUAGGACGACAUGGUGAUAUUGUGCAUCCAGUACUACCCAAACUACAAAUAACAAGGCUAAAUGGCGCAGGUUUCAAAUACUUUAUUAGCUUUUAUAAUCCGGAACGGUACUGGGAAAUCGAAUUUCUACCUUUGAUUAGUCAAUCCCAAUCAGAGUUGGAAAAUAGUGUGAAAGCUUUUGAAAACGUCAUUAGCAAAAUUUGCCAAUUUUCGCAUAUUAAUGAAGGAGCUACUAUUGGGAAUAAUGAGUCUUUGAGCGAUAAAUUCAAACUGCCGCCUACUUCGGACAUAGAGCCCCCCAAUACUGAAAUAAUUAAUAAUGAUGAUGAUAACGAUGAUGAUGAUGAUAAUUAUGAUGAUGACGACCUUAAUUACUUGCUGGAUGAAGAAUACGAACAAGGAUGUACAGAUAAUAGCUUCUCCGUGAUAUCGAACACUUGCUCUAAUCUAAAUGCAAGCUUUCUCUAUCCGAGCGACCCUACCGAUGCCGUGUCAAUCUCCAUAAAUGAAGCUUUCAAAAAUGCUAUCAGACGAACCGCUCCUGUACUGAAUAUUCCAAUAGCAGCCCCAAGUAUUCAUUCGAAACAGCAAAACAAAAGAUAUAGUUCAUACCCUUUUAUCGACUCUCCCCCGUAUCUGCAGGACAGGCAUAGAAGAUUUCAGAGGAGAUCCAUAUCUGGUCUUGGCGACCUUUGA